AUGCAGCGACAUGGAAAGUCUAAUGCACCACCGACUGUAGAUCUGAUCAGCAGUUUACCGAACGUCAUUCUGAGUCGCAUUAUCUCUCUUCUCUCCAUCAAAGAGGCAGUUGCUACUAGCAUUUUGUCAAAGAGAUGGAUUCAUCUAUGGCACUUUGUUGAUAAUAUCAACAUCCCCGACACCAUCACAUUGAAUAGCAUUGAAUCUACUUACAGUUUUAACCAGUUUAUGUACUCCGUUUUGGUCUCUCGUGAUGCUGUUGGUUCUCAUUUCAUCAACAGUUUCCGCCUCAAAAUUGAAUACAGUGACAAUAAUCUUGCCUGUCAUUUAGGGUUUCCCAAUGUCACCAAAUGGAUCGACUUUAUUGUUCAACGUGGACUUAAGUAUCUUUGUCUCCAUCUCGUUGUGGAUGACUAUGGUGUUGAUAGUGAUAGUGAAUAUGAUGUGGAUGUGGAUGGUUUAAAACCCAAAUUGCCCAUAAGUGUUCUCACCUGCAAAACCCUUGUAAGUCUCGACCUUAGUCGAUUCCGUGUGAAGGAUUUUACAUGUUCUUCCAUUGGAUUUGGAUUACCAUCGCUCAAGGUACUUCAUUUGGAUUAUAUUGUCUUUCAAACAGUUCUAGAUUUUAUGUUGUUUCUAGCUGGAUGUCCAAAUCUUGAACUUCUACGAGCGGAACAAAUAUACUUUCAUUAUGAGGGCGGUUCAAAACAAUACUUCUAUUGUGAGGGAGAUUCUCCUAUCAUUCAAGUGUUUCAAAGCUUAAGCUUACCCAAAUUGAUUAGUGCAGUUAUCACUCAAUGUUGGUGUUCAUGUUUUCCGAUGAAAGCACUUUCUAAUUCGAAGUAUUUGUGCGUAGAGACGUACAUGUUAUGCACAAAAGACCACAAUAUUGUCCACGAGAUAGAUCCGCGGCAAUGCCCUUGCUAUGACAUUCCUAUCUUUCAUAAUUUGAUCCACUUGGAGCUCCACGGUAGAUUGGAAUUGGUACUACAAAAGAUCCACCACUGCCCCAAGCUUCAAAAACUCGAACUUCACCAGGCCUCAUUUGACAUACGGGAAAAUCAAGAAGAUGUUCUGCAAAAUUUGGUUGAACCAGAAGUUGUGCCACAAUGCCUUUCAUCACAUCUUAGAAGUUGCACUAUUCAUAACUUUUUAGGCAUACAAAGUAAGCUCAUGUUAAUAAAAUAUGUGUUGAAGAAUGCAAGAAAUUUACAAUUCAUGAGAAUACAGAACAUAAGGGAUCAUCCUGAUGAAAUAGAAACAGAAUUGUCCACAUGCCCAAAGGCCUCCACAACAUGUCAACUUGUAUUUUAUUGAUAACAUAUAGACAGUGUAAAUUGUAGUUUCUCUAUAUUGCUUGUUUCAUUAGUUUCUACUAUUCAACUGU